GCUUUAAUUUUAAUAACAAAAACCACAACCUCGUCAAUAACCCCGUCGAAUUCAUCAAUACCGAAAAUAUGCAGUCCGCUGGAAAGGCUUUGUCUACUAGAAGCGAAAACAGGAAGAAAGCCCUGACUAAACGCGACGAGAACGUCUUGGCUUGGGCCAGCAAUGGCUUACGGAGGAAUGAUGAGCAGCUCUUCAAGUGGAAUGUCGAUGCAAAUGAAAGGAAACCCCAAAUAUUAUACAAAGUAUCCCAAGAAGAAAUACGUUGCUGUCUCAUACAAACAGAAGAGGCCACAAAAGGGUUUGGGUCAAACUCGUCACGGUCCAGUGCGAAAGACGUUCAAGUGAAUGCACCCUCAAAUCACCGAGACAUUGAACUGCUCCACACU